AUGCAAAUACCAGACUUCGAAAUAGGCAUCCAGCCAUCAAUGUAUGUUUCAACAGAUCUUUUCCAUGCAGAUCACAACGAACACCUCUCCAACUCACAUCUUCACCAACCUCCUUCUCAGCAAGCUCCCUGUUCCACAAACUGCUGCUACGAGUCCUGGGAUUCUUCCUUUCCUACCGGCAUCCAAAUUAGCGCAUUCGACCCAGCUCAAGAGGAUAACGGGACAGCGAUGACCUGGAACACAGUAAACAUAUUACAGCCAGCCAAUCCUGAUUACUGCAUCCAAGCCUAUCCCGCCUUCCCCGACUACAGCCUCGAUGAUCAGCCCCCCCAGCCUCACUUUCUCCAGCCAAGCAACCCCGAGGUGCUCGACCACGACCACGACCACGACCACGAUACCGACAGCCUCUCGUCCUCAGAUGCUGCAGACAUGUCUGCAGCAGGAUCGCCAGAGGGAGAGGACAGCUUCGACCUGGACAGCAUCUUCGAGGGGAGCGACCUGGAGGAGAGGAGCGUACAGGUCCAUGCCAGGAAGGGCAAGUCCAUGUCGCGGAGCCCUGUGGUGAUCACGUUCGAGCUCCUUGCCGAGCACUUCCAUGAGAGCCUCGAGACCGCGGCGUCCAAGAUCGGGAUCGGCAAGUCGACGAUGAAGCACGUGUGCCGGCGGCUGGGGAUCGAGAAGUGGCCCUACACGCACAAGGGCCAUCGCAAGAACCGCCCGAGGAAGCUCGCGCACCAUCAGAUCUCAGCGUCGUCGAUUGUGUUCACGGACUCGCACGAGUUCUUCGGCGCGGCGGCACUGCCGAGGGUGGCACCGGGGCUGCUUGGAGCGAGCCAGCCGAGCGCACCUGCGCUGUACAUGUCGGCGGGGCUUGGAGAGGCAGCGCUGGCCCAUGCAGGGGGGAUGGGGAUGGCGGCUGCAGCCGGGGGGCAGGGGGCGAUGGAGGGAGGGAUAGGAGGCAUGCACGAGAGAGGAUGCCAAGGGGAGUCAUCAGGGAGCAUGAUAUCGGAGACCGACCUGAACUUUCUUUGGGACUGUGUAGGACGGACGUAG